CUCUUAACUUUUUUUUGGCAUUUUUCAGAUUAUUGUAGAUGCGGCAUCAUGUAAACAUUGUUUCGGUGUUUAGCAGGUUGAGGGGGAGAGAUUUUAGUCACAUUAUUUAAUUUGGGAUAUUAAAUCCAUCACAGUGCAGCUGAAUAUGACAAUGUAUCAUGUUUUAUACACUGAUCUCGCAACAAUGAUUUCAUUUGUUAACUGAAAAUGAGUUUCUACUGCUUUUAUAAGUGAUUAAUCAUUUGAGGGACUUUGUGGUAAUCAUUUCCCUUCCCUGCUUAUUUUCAUGCUGUUCUGUCAUUGUAACUUAAUAUGUUUAGCUCUUGGACAACUGGAAAGAAGCAAUCUUGGUCUCUCAGAAAUCCUGCUGCUUCUUUUUCUAUAAAAAUAUUACAUAUACUAGAACAUAGACUAGGGUUGUUCAAAACCAGUGUCACAAAAAACACAACUGCCUAAAAUGCUGGAAUCAGCAUCAGUGGAAAACAAAAACAUAUGCACCAAUAUCUACAUGAUUCCAUGUAAUGCAUCCAUUCAUUCAUACCUUCAUGACAUGUAGUGACAUGUUUUUUUUCAGUGCACAAGGAGCCAAUAUCCAUAAAAGUAUAUAUUUUACUCAUCAGUCUUUAAACAGUAGGUAUCACAAUCAGUAUCAGGCAGAGAGGUACAUCUGAAAUUGAAUAAACGAUUUACGGAGAACAUAAAAUAGAAACAACCAUUAGUUGCAGCUGUAGAAAUUCGAGUCGAGUAAAAGCACAUGUAUUCCUUUGAAUGUUAGUGGGGUAUAAGUGUGAAGUAGCAUAAAAUGAACAUCCUUGAGUGAAGCACAAGUAGGCUGUCUAAAUAAUCGUACUGAAACAGCACUGAAGUGAAUGUAUAUAAUCUCCAGUGCUGUCAUCAGGUGUGUGUCUGGCUCUCAGUCUGUGGGGAACACUGCUGCAUCCUCAUGAAGUGAUGCUGCGACGAUCUUCAGCCCUAAAACAUGACAUCAUCCAGAAAGGCGUGUGUGUGGAGGUGGAGGGGGGGCUGUGAGGGGCGUUCAAGACUGCAAAAUCCAACAUCGUGACUGCACGGCUGUUGUUGCAAAGGGCGUGGACAUUUUUUUCUUUUUCUUUUUUAAAUUACACGGGAGAAGAGGAUGUAGUCUUCAUCACCUUGCGGCUGCGUGCGAGCGGCGUCACCUGCGAGGGGAAACGACGAGUUACGUCGAGGGUGGGAAAACAUCACGGCGGCUUUUAUUCACCCUGCCCGAGCGUGCGGCACUCGAACGCACCCCCUCUGCGAUGGACAGUUCCGACCAAAUGCAAUAAUAUAAACAAACAGGCCACCAUCUAUUGUCUCUGUCGCCUCAGACUGGGCUGCUCGGCUUUGCUCUCCAUGAGCUUCAUAUGGCUGUCAGCAGCGGGACACGUUUAGGAGAACAGUGAGAUAAUAAACCACAGCCGGUUCGCAUCAGAUAUGGCAGUGAGCACAUCUGAUCCUCUCUGUCAGCCGUGCGCCUACCAUGAAGCUUUCAAAGUGGAGCUACAGGUGAGGAGACCUCUGAUGCCCGUCCAGCUGAGCCCGGAGCAGGUGGGUCUGGAGAUGCUGUGCCUCUGUGGGCAGCUGGACCUCCUCAUCAGGGCGCAGAUGCAGCAGUUCCAGGAGCAGCUAGGACAAGGCUGUAGCCCAGAGGAGUCAGAUAAUUUCCAGGCCCAAGGAUCGGAGAUUCUCGACCAGAUGCUGCAGUGCCUUGAACAUCUACCAAAGCCAAUGCCACAGCUAGAGGACUAUCUGGACAUGGUGGGUCUAUCAGCGAUGUUUCCUCGGGUAGAGGUGUUCCUUAUUCAAGGCAGCCCGGUGGACAUGCUGGAGAGGCCGCCGAUGGAUGACUACUUCUUCCACAUCGCCAAACUGAACCAGCUCCUGGUGCUGAGUCAACAGCUAGAGGAAGAUAUCAGGCACCUUGGAAGUCAUAAAUACAUCGCCCACCAGCUCUCAGUUAUAUAUCAAGUCAUCAGCUCAUUCAGAGGAAUUCAAACGUUCACUGAAAUAAAGAAAGAUAUUGAGACCAACUUCAAACAGAUGAAACAGUGUCUAGUGGUGGAGGAAGGCUCCAGGCAUGAACCGCAGCUGGCUGCUCAGUACAUCAACUGGAUUUUAGAAGUAACACAGAGUUUGACAUCAGCGGUGUUGUCACUACCGGAGGAGCUGACGGAGGACCUUCACCAGGCCGUGACCUUCAUGUCACAGUUCCUGUCCUGACUCACCUCAAUGAAAGCGCCUGUGUCCGUGUAUCCAUUAUGUUCAGAUGCACCAGGUUUCUCCAGGAGUCUCCUGCUUCUAAAUGAACUGACGUUGUUAUGACUUUGAAAAAAAGGUGCUACACAACUUGAUUCAGCUGACUGACUGUGGGACUGGAUAGCCUUCUUCAUUUACAAAUCAUUAGGUUUUUUAUAUUGUCCUCCAGAAUGUGGCACAUGUUAGUCCGUUAGUCCGUAUGGUGCGUUGGUUGUUGGGAAUGUAUGCUUGUUGAAUCCCUCCUUGCACUACUGGUAUAAUUUGUCUGUUUUGGAAUAAUAAAAUUGAAUGCAAUAGA